AUGCCAUCCAGUAGUAGUAGUAGUAGUAGUAUUGAUUAGAUACACAAAUUCAGUGAAUUUCUUUUUGGUGGAAAAAUGCUUUUCCUGACUUUAAUCAUUAUUGCUUCAACUAGCAUUAUCAUUGAAUGAUAGAUAGUAUAUAGGAGAGUAAAACUGGUUCAUGAGUUUAACUUGUAAUAUACGUAAUUUAGCUGGUCAAGUGAAAAACAGAUUAGUCGGUGAACGCAAGCGAUCACUUAGCUCAAAUGAUUCAAAUAAUAAUGACAAUAAUUCAGAGGAAGAAAUAAUUAAUCAGAUGAAUAGUCGACAAGAGAGUUCAAAUCCAUGUGAACAGCGUGAUCAACAGCAUCAUCGAAGUAAAACAGUAACAACAAUUAUAACUACACCACAGACACCGACAUCAACACCGAUGAUGAAAACAACAGCUACCUCACCUCGACAACAUGGUGGUACUACUCAUCGUAGACAGAGCAGUUCACCGAAUAAUUCCAGUGAUAAAAAAAGAUUCCAGAAACAGCAACAACAACAACAAUUGCAACUAGAACAACAGUUUCAGACGACAAGAUCAACAUGUCAGUGUCAUGGGAAUUGUAUCAAUUCUAGUCAACCGAAUUGUUCCUCGUCGACAAGUAAUAAUAGUAAUAAUAAUAGUAGGAUAGAGAAUAGUAAUCAACUGACACCACACUUAUCACCCUCAUGCACACAUAAUUCAACAUUGUGUUCUAGUAAAACUUGUAAACAAUCAAGCGGUAGUUCAUUUGUACCAUCUCCUAUAUUACAAGAACAAACACGAAAUUACUCAGUAGACGGGAAAGACAGUCAUAUUUGUAAUCAACAUCAACACCAUCGUCAGUAUCCUCAUCAUCCUCAUCACCAUCAUCAACAUCCUCAUCGUCAUCAACAUCAUCCGAAUGCACAACAGCAUCAAUCUAGACAACAUGUAUGUCUUUCGAACAAUGAUGAACAGUCAAGGAAUCAUAUGAAUCGUAAUGAAUUUCCACGUGAAGAUAAAACAUCCUCAGCAUCCUUUUGUUGUGACAAAUCACAGUUGUUUAAUCAAAAUCCAGGAAUAAUUUCUGAAAUUAUUGAUAAUACUACUAAUAAUAGCACUACUGUUAGCAAAAGUAAUACAAGUAAUCAAAAUAUAUUUCAAGCAAUUAAUUAUUCUUUAUUAAAUAAUAAGAAUAAUCCCCCUCAACUUUACGGUUCAACAUUACUAAUCCCUACAGUACCAGAUCUAUCCACUGGACAGAAUGAAAUUCGUUCUGGAAGUUUGGGAAGCGCUUACCCAUUACACUGUGCGCCGUAUCAUUUUGGACAGAAUAGAUAUGGUUUAUUUCAUGGUGCAGAUUACCAUUACAAACAACGUCAACAACAUCUACAACAACGUUAUCAUCAUCAUCAUCAGCAUCAACGCCAUGAUCACGAUCAACACCAUGAUCCUCUUCGAGAUCAAUAUCAACAUCAUCAUAAUAGUAAUAGUAAUAAUAAUACUAAUCCAAGAUUAACAAUGAGUUAUUCAGAGUUAUUGAAUUCUAUGAUUCCACAACACUGUCACAGUCAACUGUCAACACAUAACAAUACUAAUGAUGAUGUUAGCAAUAGUAGUAUGAGUAAUAAUCACAAACCAGAUAGUUUUGAAGGUGUAACCAACUUAUCCAAACCUAAAACAGGGAAUUCAAGCAACAGCGAAGCGCCAAACACCACCAUCCAACACCUCUGUGUUGACAAUUGUAACAAUGAUUGCCAUAUUAGCAUAAAAGACAAUAAUAAUAAGGAUAAACAACUAUCACAAAGUCCUAAAUUACUAAUAAACAAUUCAGAAAUAAUCAAUAAUCAAAUUGAAGAUUACCAUUCAACUUGUUCUCCUCAAAACCAGUCAAUCUCACAGCAUAAUUCUAAUCUUGAUAUAAAUCCGCCAGUGUUGCCAACACGUACUAGUUCAUUAAUUAUGCAUCAAAAACUUUAUCAUAUGAAUAAAACAGAUCUGAAAAGAAAUAUCACCUUAUCAUCAUGUAUGAUACCUGGUCCUUCAUCUUCUUCAUCAUCUUUAUUACCGUUGCAUAAUAAAGUUGAUUUUAUGCAACAAAGUAUGAUUGAUUAUCCAUAUAAUUAUGACAUAACAACAUCUAGUAGUCAGUCGCAACAAUUUAUCAAUCCAACUGAAAGUCAACAACAUUCACGUAGUCAUAGUACACUUUCAACAAGACGCGGAGGAUUUAAAUCCUAUGAAAAUACAUCACAACCAGCGACAAUGACCUCUUCCACUGAGACUGUAUCUAAUCAUGAAGUAAUGACAACCUCAUUUUUACAACAACAACAACAACAACAGCCCUCACCUAAUUUAUCGAAUAAGAAUAUUAACAGUAAUAAUAAUAAUAAUGUUGAUGACGAUGUUAACAGCAGAAGUAUAGAUGAAGAAUUCGAAAGAUCAUUCCCAGGUACACUGAAUGACUCAUUCAACGAUGAAUCAUCACCUUGUCAAGAUAAAUCCUCCUUAGAUGAUAAAAACAGUAAAUUUCUAAUUCCUGAUCCUAUCCCAAUCAGUCCAUCAUGUGGUGCUUUAGAACAAUUUAUGCCGAUGAAUCAUGCCUCUAGACUACUUGGUCGUAUGUCUGACAAAUUACGUGAUGGCCGACUAGCUGAUGUCAUUCUACUGGCUGGUAUCAAGUCAACAUCAACAUCCACGUCAUUAAUGAAUACAAAAUGUGCGAAUUUAAUUUCUGAUCACAAUUAUUCAUCAACUACUAAAAUGGAUUUAAGUAGUCUACCUGACGAGUUGAUAGUUCGCAUACCUGCACAUCGUGUGAUAUUAGCUGCAGCUAGUGAUUAUUUCGCUGCUAUGUUUAGUAAUGAAUUGAAAGAGGCUACGGAACAAGAAAUCUGGAUUCAUGAAGUUGAUCCGUAUGCCUUGAAAGCAUUGAUCAAUUAUAUUUAUACAGGUCAUUUAGAUUUACGUGAAGAGACAGUUGGUGAUUUAUUGGCAGCUGCUUGUUUUCUACAAAUCACUGAAGCAUCACAAGCAUGUGAAAGAUUUUUAACGAAACGUUUAGAUGCAACAAAUUGUUUAAGUAUGUCACGUUUAAGUGAACAGUAUGGAUGUCAUUUAUUGAGGAAACGUUCAACAAAAUUUGUGUUGGAACACUUCUCGGACGUUUCUCAACAACCAGAUUUUCUAAAUUUAACUUUCAAAGAACUUGUUACACUGGUUUCAUCCGAUCGGUUAAGAGUUUCCAAUGAAGCAACUGUAUUCGCUGCCUGUUUAAGGUGGACAAGAAAUGCAAUGGUUCAAGAAAACAAGCCAACGACUAAAUCAGAUGGAAAUGAAUCUUUAUUGGCCAGUUUACUAAGACAUGUACGAUUGACACAAGUGCCUCCUCGCCUUCUAAUUGAUGCUUUAGAAAAAGAAGCAUUAUUUCAAGAAGAUCUUAUGGCAAUACGUUUAAUUAUCUCUGCACUACGUGUACACUUCUCGUCAGAUUCACUUCACUUGCAGACACAUAAAACUCAACGUAGAACUAAUAUGGAAUGUUGUCUUAAAUAUAAUACAGUGACAAACAACUCCACGCAUAUUGUCAAGACUAACACAGCCGACAAUAAUAACAGUAAUAAUAUUAGUGGUGUUAUGAACCGUUUACCAGAUACCAAAGCAUCAUCUCUGUCUUCUUUCUCAUCCUUAUCUACUGCAUCAAUUGAUGAGUCAAACUCAAUCAGCACUUCGCCUCAGCAGCAGCAACAACAACAAACGGAAAGAGUCGGCAUUAACAAUCAAGAUCCCAGUCAUAAUUUGUAUCAUCAUCAAGGUCAUUCUGCUGAUCAGCCAUAUCAAUCUCCACAGUUCAACAACUGCAGAAAAUCGCAUAAUCAAGUCUCAGAUAGUCAUAAAUGUGAUGCAUAUAUGAUGAAUAAGCCGAGACCAUCAACAAUUGGACGUUUAUGGGCACUCGGUGGAAAAACUAUGACAACUACACGUGCACUACAAGAAAUUCUUGAAUAUGAUCCAUACUGGAAUACUUGGCGUACAAUUGGUCAACUGCCUGGUCAAAGACAACAAUGCGGUUGUAUAAUAUUAACAGAUGGUCGUCUAUUAGUUGUCGGUGGAAGAGAUGAACUCAAGACUCUGAGUACAGUUGAAUGUAUCAAUAUUGAAGAAAUGUCUCAAAUGUAUGAAUUCAAUUCAGAGUAUCAGAAAAAGUUGAGUAAUAAAUCCCCGUUAGAAGCAGCAACAUCAAAACAAGGCGUAUCCAGAAGUUCUGCUCGACAGCAUAGUACUGAUCGUAAUGAUAUAAGGAGUAAUGAGAAUCAACAGGAUUUAUCCACUGAAUUGAAUAGUAACAGUGCUACUGCACUUUGCCCUACAACUACCUCCUACAGAUCAGAACAACAAACACAGAAUAUGCCAAGUAACUCUACAACAAUGAAUAGUAAAGAAAUACAGAGUAAAGGAGAAGAAUAUAGCAGUUGGAAGAUUGUAUCAGCAAUGGCAACACAUCGAUUAUACGCUGUCGGUGGUAGAGAUGGCAGUGCUUGUCUUCGAACUGUAGAAAGAUUUAAUCCACACACUCAACAUUGGUGUUUUAUUGCUCCUAUGCUACAUCGACGAGGUGGAGUUGGUGUCGGUGCUGUCGGUGGACGCUUAUAUGCUGUUGGUGGACACAAUGCACCACCUAAUCAACCACAUGCAUUAAGAACAGCUAGUGUUGAAAUGUAUGAACCGCACACAGAUAUGUGGACAGAAGUAUCUGCUUUAUCCUC